AUGGAUCCUUUUUCAGUUUCCACAAUGCUCAAUGCAUUACCUCAACGAGAACCCUUAGGAGAUCGUGAGACUCCGGCGAUUCCUCCUCCUCCUCAUCCACGUGGCAUCUCCGCCGCAAUUCCUCCUUCGGGAUUCACCACACCACUAAUCCAUUCAUGCCCCUGCGGUUGCACCGCCUCUAAUCCUCGAGAACUUGUGUCCAACUUAAUGACUAGCAGCGAAGAAAGCUUUUCUCUUUCCAAAGAGACGAUCUCAAAGCUAAACAGAAGAGAGCUUGCUUCUUUGCUUACUUCAGACUCCGAUUACUUCAUGGACAUUGCAAGAAACGAGCACGGCUCCAAACGCAUACAAGAGCUCCUCGAGAAAUCCGAUGACGUGGAUUCCUUAUUCUGCGCCGCUAUCAGGCGCUGUUUUUUCCCUGUCAUGACUGACAAGCACGCGUCUUACCUGGCGGUCCAUGCCAUUCGAGUUUUCGAAGGUGAGAAGAAAGAGUCCAUGACCAACGCGGCUGUGGCACUCAACGAGUUCAUAACCGACUUGGACCAUCCUUACUACAGAAACAAGCUCCUUUACAUAGUCGCGUGCAACGCUCUCUGGCUAAGCAACGAUGCUUAUGGCAACUUUGUGAUCCAACAAGUGCUUAGACUGAAUGACUUGCGUUCCACGUAUCACAUCGCGGUUAAGCUCCCUGGCCACUGUGUUGACCUCUCGUUUCGGAGACAUGGAAGCUACAUAGUGGAAAGCCUUUUGGAGGCAGAGGAGACAGUGAUGAUGCCAGUGGUUGUGGAGCUUUUGGAUUGCGAAGGAGAGAGGUUGAUGAGGCUGGCGAGGAGUGUGUUUGGGAAUUUCGUGGUGGCCAAGGCACUGAGAGUCACACAGGAGAAGUCUAGGGCUGACUUGUUUUGA